UUACCGUUACCAAAGAUUGUGCGAAGAUAUUCAAGAUUUCCUCGUGGCCCGUGGCCUGGAUCCGAGACGCUGCGCAAACGCAGUGCGCGAGAUCACACCGCGACGCGCACACGCGCGCUCCGAACACAUUUUUAAAACCUUCAUUAUUUAUUGUUUAUUUAAAAUAUUUUUUUUGUGAAAAUUGUUUCAAAAGUGGAAGCAAUAUGGCGUAUUUUAUUCUUGUGUUCGUCGCGUUUGGAUUCAUAUCACAGAUUGACUGCAACAGCCACUAUGACAACUACACCCUUAUACGCCUGCACCCAAGUACAGUGGAUCAUCAAAAAUCAGUCACAGAAUUCAGUGAUCCUUCGGGAGAAAUCGAAAUUAUGAAGGAGAGUCGCGGGGUCAAUGACACGCUGGACAUAUUGGUACCACCAGGCAAAAUGAAAUUUGUCCACGACUACGCAAAUACUAACGGAUUAAAGUUGGAAGAAAAGCAACCGAAUUAUGGAAGGACUUUACAAGACGUGUCAGAGAGACUGCCCAGAAGAAGAAUUUUGGACCGUUUUAGCGUAUUUCAUUACAAUUCAUAUGAUAAUAUGCAAGAGUUCAUUGAAGGCAAAGCACAGAGAUAUCCUGCCCUGGUGCAGCUGCAAGAACUUGGCAAGAGUUACCAGGGUCGCAAGAUGAGGCUCGUCAAGAUAUCCACCAGACCUAAUGCUAAAAAUCCUAUCAUAUUUGUUGAUGCAGGUGUCCAUGGCAGAGAAUGGGUAGCACCAGCAAUGGCACUAUACUUGAUCCAUCGCCUGACUGUCGACCCAACGGCCUUUGUGAAAGGUGGAGAGCUGGACGGCGUCGACUGGUACAUCCUGCCCCUAGUCAACCCUGAUGGUUACGAAUACACCAGAUCCAGCAGAAGCAAUCGCAUGUGGAGGAAAACCAGAUCAAAACACGGCGCCAGCCAUUGUUACGGCGUUGACGGCAACCGAAACUAUGGCUUCAAGUGGGCAGUAAGUGGGGUAUCCAACGAUCCUUGCCACAAAGAGACAUACGCUGGCCCUAAGCCUUUCUCCGAACCUGAGACACAAAUGGUCAGAAAUGUCAUGAUGGACAACGCAAAGCGGAUGAAGUUAUACGUAUCACUGCACUCAUACGGUCAGUACUUGGUCUACCCAUGGGGAUACACAGGAGAUUUUUUGCCUAAACAAUGGAAGAAACUGGAUGAUAUGGCAAGAUCAGUAUCGAACGCUGUAGAGCGAGCUGGAGGACGCCCAUUCAAAGUCCUGAGCGCUGGUAAAUGGUAUCCUGCGGCCGGCGGCAGCGAUGACUAUGCCUUCGGAGCUGCGGGAGUUCCAUAUUCCUACACCAUGGAGUUGACCGAAGGACACGAGUUUGCAUUCCCCGAAGAGCUUUUAGAAACUGUAUUACCCCAGUUCUAUGAGGGAUUCAAAGAGUUUGGUGCCCGAAUCAAGGCUGAAUUUGGUAGACAAAGAAAAAAGAGAGAGAUCAUGGAUACACAGUGACUUGUUGAAGACUGACAUCAUGAAAUAGGCUACGAUUAUAGUGAAUAAGAAUAAAAAUUUAAAACGAA